UCAUCCAAACGUCAAAUGUUGAACGUCAGUCUGGAAUCUUGUCGAGUGUUAGGAAUCCACUUUUCAGCUGGAAAAAAACGACAAAAUAUUACAGAUCAGAUCGUUUUGUGUCAUAUUUUUCCUUUGUAGCCAACUUAAUUUAGACUGGUAAAUAUCUUAGUUCCUUUUGUUUGCUAGUCCACAGAUCUCAAAGUAGCAACCGUGCUGUGCAAUAAGUUUCAAUUUGUGUGCCAUCAGACAAUCACCUUACACUGGACGAGUUGAUGUAAUUGUGCCUUGCCAUAGCGGAGAAGGGCAAACAUUUGCAGCUGCUGUGCAACAAUACACGCUUUCAUCCGCUAAAGGCUGGCUUCGAUGUGUUGAACAUGUUUUGCAAUCGUCGUCGAUCGAUCGAACGCGGUGGCAGCAAAUUUAGGCUCAAUUGAGCAAUUCAAUAUUGAUUUGAGUGGCUGGGCAGGUAAGCGACAAUGUUCGCUUCGUUGAAAAACAAGAUCAAGGAGGAAACCGGAAGCGAUGUUACAUCACUACCUUCGAGAGGUUCCCAGGCCGGUUCGUCCGGGGCUACCCAGCGAUACCACCGGAGCAGGCCCGAGUCCUUCACCAGUAUGACGUCGAUGGAUGAGUUGAGCUUGUUCGAGCAGCAGGAAGCCGAACUUAGUGCCACACGGAUUCAGCUCCAGGAAUUGGCCUGUCAGUUCAAUGAAAUUCGAGAGCAGAAACGUUUGCUGGAGGAAGAGAAAGUACGUCUCGAGAAUGCUAAUCGGUUGCUGGAGGAAUCGCUUAAGGUAGCUCAGGUGCAGAAGGAUUUACUCUGCGAGGAACAGGACAAGAUACAGAACCUUCAGCAACAGGAUAUUUCAAAGUUGAGAAGCAUGCUUCUGUUUAGAGAGCAGGAAGCGGUCGAUCGAAUAUCGUACCAGAAGGCGGCAGAGCAGCAGGUUGACAGUCUCAAGAACGAGCUCAGUCGUCUGCGGGAAAUCGAACCGAUGAUUGAAGAUUUGCAGGAUGAUCUCGAAAACUUACGGCAUUCGUCAUCGAUUGAGAAAAAUAAUCUUUUAUCGAAGCUGGCAGCCGUCAAUGAGGAAAAUCGACACCUUAAGAGUCGCAUACAGGUACUAGAAGAGAGUCGUGCUUCUCUGACCUCGGGUGAUACAGAUGAAAAAGUGCAAUCAUUGCUACAGGAACGAAAAAUGCUUGAACAGGGCCUGGAGGAGGCACACGUGCAGUUGUCAGAUAUCAAAAGCAGCUGGAGUAUUCAGAACCUGACCCUCGAAACACAGGUGAAUAGGCUGUCCCGUCAGGUGGCGGAGGAGACCACCGAAAAGCACAAAGCUCUCAAGCUAAAGGAUGAUCUUAUCGAUAAGGCGAAACGCUUGGAGAUUGAGCUCGAAAAGACCCGCGAUGAAGUAGCCCAGAGAGAUAAUAAGAUAAAGCUGAUGAAUGAGGAAAUUGACGAGUUGAACUCUGCACUUCGGGAUGCUCGCGAACAGCACGAGGAGGAAGUGACGUUUAUGAGCAAUAAACUCGAUCAGCUGCAGGUGGAUUUGAACGGCAUCAAGUCUAACCUCACCGAAACCGAGCAACGGCUACUGGAUUCGCUGGAAGGAUCCGACCGGUCUGUUAGUGGCUACAAGAAGCAAAUUGCUCAGCUGGAGGAUGCAGUUCGUGAGCUGAACAAUCAGCUGGAUUUAGAAAAGCAAGAAAAGAUCACUAUUCUGAUGAAGAAUGCUGAAAUUUCUCAAGCGGAGGAAAUUCUACGAGAGGAACUUCACCAAGAGCGAGUGGAGGCACAGAAGGUCCACGAUCGCUUGCCCAUAUUGCAAAGGGAGUUAGAUAAAAAAUUAAACACCGUGAACGAGCUGCGCAAGCAGAUUGAUGAACUGAUGAGCACGAAUCUCGAGCAGAAUGCUAAAUUGGCUUCCUUAGAUAGCUUACACGCAGAAUUAGUAGAUAAGAAUAAGAUAAUAAAAAUCCUCAACCAACGGUUAGUCGAUAUGAAGAAAACACUCCAAGAAGAGAUCAAUAGCAACAAUAACAAUGGCAGCACUAGCGCCAUCCCGUACAUCGGCGGUCAUUACGUGAACCAUUCCGAAAGAAUGAUGGAACAAAUCAAUUUGAAGGAAAAACAGGAUACAACGACUCCAACUAGUAAACAUUCGAAUGGUACCAUUAGUCACAGUCGUAGUAACAGUUGCGGCAGUAGUCCCCAUGCCAACCACAAUGGUACGCAGAAAAGUGGGUUGGGUCCUGUACGGGGAACGAUCGUGAUGGAUGAAGUGAAUUUUCGAUACUUGAAGCAUGUGAUAAUUAAGUUUCUCACCAGUCGGGAGGUCGAGGCUCGGCAUCUAGUCAAAGCUGUAUCGACGCUGCUGCAGUUGACGUACGAGGAGGAGAAGCUCCUGCAAGACACAAUCACCUGGAAGAAGAGCUGGUUCGGAAGUCGCCCCGGUCAGCACUCACAGAUCUCCUUAUCAACGAUACCACCAAGCUAAGACGAAUCUAUUCCAAUAAAACCCUAGCGAUAAUUUUGUUCCAUAAUAAGACUUUACCACACGUAUGGAAUAUUGUUGACAUUUUUGGACUUAGUGCAAAUACCACGCUAGCUUUCCACUUUAUCUCAUUAACAGUAAGAUAAAUAGACGAAUUGAAACUUUUGUUGCAGUAAACACACAGCAGAAAUCAAUCAAAUCAACAGUUGAAAGUACAUAAUCACACUAUCGAGAAGUUUAUAUCAAACUACGAAACUCUCUAUUGUUCCGUUAGUAAGUGGCUUUUUGUUAUUACUUUGUAUUAGGUUAUUUCACUCUAGAGCUUCUAUUAUAGAUAUAAAUUGAAAAAGGCACAUCUAAAGACUUAUGUAAUUCCGUGGUGAUUUUGAUGCUCGAGAAACUGGGCAUUACUAACUGAUAGCAUAUUGUUUGCCAUUCCAUAUUGUGAUCGUUUGAAAGAAUAGCUUUUUAUUGUUUGUUUUCAAUAUAUGAGUUUUAAAAGAAAGUUUAAUUUUUCUUGUUAUUGUUGUGAUUUUAGUUAAAAUGAACUUCGCUUAUUUGCUAAGCUAGAAUUUAGAAAAUCACUAUACACAAAUUGUAAUCUAGUAGGCAGUGAUGAAGAGAUCUUGACGAAAUUAUACUUUGCAUUGAUGAAGAAAUAAAAACAAUUG